AUGGAUGGUAAAGCAAAGCCCAAGCCCAGCGCCCAACCUAACGCCGCACAAUGCACACGCAAUGCAGUACACACGGCCGCACCCCUGCCCUCACCCCAAGGAAUAGAAACAGCAAAACCCCAUCCGCACAAAGCCUCCUCCCAGCGCCAUGGCCGCGGCUCCCUUACCCCUACCCACACCCACAGCCUUAUCCCCAUCCAUACUAUCCCUUCCCUACCCUGCCCGCACCCGCGCCCGCAGCAGCAGUGCCGUGCAGUGCCGUGCAGCGAAGCAAAGCGCAGCCAAGCAAAGCAGAGUACAGCCAAACAAAAUACAGCGCAGCAAAGUACAGCAAAGCAAAGCAGUAAAGUAGAGCAAGCAAACAAUGGCAUUGUACAGACGCUGUGCUGGGGGACGGGGGUGUAUAAACGACGGGUAGUUGUUUUUCUCGACAACGAGUCGUACUUCCUACUUACUUGGUUGCGUACUUACUUGCGUACUUGCGUACCUGUAUUGGACUCUACUGCUGUCUACCUUGUCUACCUACCUUGUCACCUACAGCCAACAGCACUCAUCGCCCACGAGGAGGUGCCGUGGUGUUGUGCAGUUGUGUUUGAAGAAAAGGAACGCGAAGAAGAAGAAACCGGUCGAGAGGAGACGAGAAGAGAAAGGAAGAACAAGCAGAAGACUGCCGAAACGCCUCGCCUACCCGCCUGCCCGCCUGCCAGCUUCCCAAGCACUCGCACCCACGAGAAAAGAGUUGCGAACCUGUCUGCAACUAGACCUUACCUACUCACACACCUACCCACCUACACAAAACCCAAAAACCACACCGCCACCUCUCGAGGAGCGCAAACAAUCUGCUCAGAAAAGAGCCGACCUCCACCCCCCAACACAAUGUGCCAAACGGAGAGCAUAUUCCACCCCCAGUGCGGGCACUGGGCGGCGCGCCCACGCUUCGUGGGCGAGCCAUGCGUGCGCGCGCGGCGCACCCCCUCGGGCGCAACGCUACACUGCUCCUCGCGGGCCGAUCUGGGCGUCGCGAACGAGGCGGGCGUGUGUGCUGUUUGUCGACGGGGUGGUGGUGGGAAUGGGAAUGGGAAUGCUGGCGGUGUGCGCGGAGUGGGGUUGGGGUUGGGUGGCAGGAGUGUGCGUGUGGGCACGAGUUUCGAUGGCGUGGGCUUCGUGGGGGAUUGGAGCAGGAGCUGCGAUGGUGAUGGUUAUGGUGAUGGUGAUGGUUAUGGUGAUGGUGAUGGUUAUGGUUAUGGGGAUGGGGAUGGUGAGAGCGAAGGGAGGGCCAGUGCCAGUGCCAGUGGCAGGAAUAGCAAUGCCAGCGCCCACGCCCACACCCACGCCAGCGCCCACACCAACGCUUCCACCAACACGACUACCGCCUACACCACCGCCUCCACAGCCACAACAGCACGAGCACAAGCACAAGCACCAACACCAUGGCGGCCCUUCGCGGGCCUGAGCGACGGCGCGUGGCAGAGCAUUCUGGCAGCGCGGCGCAGCAGGGCAGCAACGGCAGAGCAGGGGGCAGCUACAGUUACGGCCACUGUCACAGCCACUGUCACGGCCACAGCCACGGCUACCGCUACGGCCGCAAGCAGCAGCAAGUUUGUGGCGUAUGAGUGGCGGGGAGGGGUGUUGGCGUAG